GCCUGUAAAGCUGGAGCUGCAGAGGACUUCCCCGGGGAGACUGGGAAAAGGGGGCUCCCUAACGUUUGAGCUGGACCAGGUGUGGCCGCGGCAGGACAGGCCUUCCAAGCAGAGGGGGAGCAUGGAGCCCCGGGACGCCUUUGAGGAUGUGGCCGUGUACUUCACCCGGGAGGAGUGGGCGCUGCUGGACGAUGGAGACAAGGGGCUUUACCGGGACCAGAUGCUGAGGAAUUACCAAGCCCUCGUUUCCCUGGGAUAUCGAGGUCCCACACCUGACUUAAUCUGCUGCAUCCAGCGAGGAAAGGUGGAGCUCUGGGUCCGGGAUGGUGAGGACCAUGGAGAAAUCUCUGGGUCGGAGGACCUGCUGCCAGGAGGUGCCUGGCUGCUGAGCAGAGCUGGGGAAGGGUCUGCAGACCUGGACCCACCACGGACGUGCCCAGGUAGAUCAGGACCGAGGGAACCCCCGAGACUUGAGAAGGACCGAUUGCAUAAGAGGCCAGGCGGGUCCCAAAAGAAGAGGGAGAAGGUGGUGGUGGACACGGUGCCGGGUCCAGCAGGGCACGAGAACGGAGCCAAGGCAAGGCCCAGCAAGACGUGGGGCUGCAGGGAGGAAUCUGAGAAGCUCAGAGAGAUGAAAAAUCCCAAGAGGAAGAUUCACCAGAAAGAGAGAUAUCAUCCAAACCUCACAGGCAGGGGGAGGGCGUGUGCACACCUAUGUGUGCACAGGGAGAAGCGUCAGUACCGCUGUGUCACGUGUGGCCAGACCUUCACCCAGUUCUUCUCCCUGGCUCAGCACCGGCGCAUCCACUUGGGGAGGAAGGCACACCGCUGCACCAAGUGCAGGAAGAAUUUAAUCUGCUGCAAAGACCUGAACCAGCACCGGUGCUGGCAGAAGGGGGAGCAGCCACACCACUGCAACACGUGUGGGAAGAGCUUCAGGCAUCCUUCCACCGUGGCCAGGCACAGGCGCAUGCACACACGGGAGCAGUCGCAUCAGUACUCUGAGUGCACUAAGACCGUCACCCACUCCUCCAGCCUGGCCAAACAUCAGGAUGUCCACAUAGGGGAGAAGCCACGCCAGCGCCCUGAUUCGGGGCAGAGCUUUACCUGCCCUUCCCACCUGGCCCAGCAGCAGCUCAUCCACACACGGGAGCAGCCACAUCAGUGCUCUGUGUGUGGGAAGAGUUUCAUUUACUCCUCCCACCUGGCCCGGCACCAGCUUAUCCACACAGGGGAAAAACCACAUCAGUGCUCGGUGUGCGGGAAGUGUUUCACCUACUCCUUCAACCAGGCCCAGCACCAGCGCAUCCACACCGGGGAGAAGCCGUAUCAGUGCUCUGUGUGUGGGAAAAGCUUUACCCGCUCCUCCCACCUGGCCGAACAUGAGCGCAUCCACACCGGGGAGAAGCCGCAUCAGUGCCCCAAGUGUGGGAAGUGCUUCACCCUCUCCUCCAGCCUGGCCCAUCACCAGCGCAUCCACACAGGGCAGAAGCCACAUCAGUGCUCUGUGUGUGGGAAAACCUUCGGCCACUCCUCCCACCUGGCCCACCACCAGCGCAUCCACACUGGGGAGAAACCACACCGGUGCUCCGAGUGUGGGAAGCGCUUUACCCAGUCCUCACACCUGGCCCAGCACCAGCGCAUCCACACCGGGGAGAAGCCGUAUCAGUGUCCUGAGUGUGGGAGGAGGUUUGGCCACUCUUCCCACCUGGCCCAGCACCAGCGCAUCCACACGGGAGAGAAGCCCCAUCGGUGCCCUGAGUGUGGGAAGAGCUUUGGCCAGUCCUCUGACCUGGCCCGGCACCAGCGUGUCCACACCGGGGAGAAACCACAUCAGUGCUCGGAGUGUGGGAAGAGCUUCACCCAGUCCUCCAGCCUGGCCCGGCACCAGUGCAUCCACACCCAGGAGCAUCCAGAAAGGACCAGCCCAUCAGCAUCGCCCAGGGACAUCCCCAGCACCCCCACACCCGGGUGCCAGGGUAGCUGGCAGGUGGUGUCAAGGAAUCCCAAGCUCAGGGAAGAGAAGGUGGUGGUGGGACGUGGUGUUUGCUGCAGAGACGGAGGGGACGGGGGAGCAGGAGCCCCCAGGCUGCUCAAGAAGUUGGAUGUCCCCGCGAGGCUGCGCAAGUGUACAAGUGGGGCAGGGGAUCUGGCCUGCAUCACAGCUGCUCCUUGGAUGCAAAUGGCUGCUGAGCUAGGCGCAAGCACCGAUUUGGGUCUCCAGCUCCAGGUGCCCCUAGAGCAGGGGGCACUGCCGCCUGUGAAGAUGGAGGCGCAGGACCUGGCAGGCCCUGAGCCAGGGGACGGAGCAGAGCAAGGCGAAAACCUUCCCCUCCUCGUCUGUUCUGGGACCAUUGGGGAGUUGCUGAGAUGGGCAGCUCCACACCAGCCCAGGCCUGAGCGGCAGGAUGAACUGCCCCAGCGCUGGGAGGUGCAGUGGCAGGAGGUGCUGCAGGCUUUAUGGACCCCUCCAGAGGUUGUGCCAGCCACGGUGACCCCACACCUGCCUGUGCUGGUGCCAGGGGAAGACAUGGAAGCUUAUUUGGCCACCUUUGAGCGUGUGGCCGAGGCCUGCCAGUGGCCCAAAGGGGAGUGGGUGACACGGCUGGUACCAGCCCUCAGUGGAAAAGCCCGGCAAGCCUACAGCAACCUGGAGGCCAGCGACAGCGGGGACUACGGGAAGGUGAAGGCAGCCAUCCUCAAGGGGGAUGAUGCCCCGCUGGAGAUGCGGCGCCGGCGCUUCCGCGGCUUCCGCUACCAGGACGGCGAGGGGCCGCGGGAGGUUUGCAGCCGCCUGCGGGAGCUGUGCCAGCGCUGGCUGGAGCCCCAGCGCCGCAGCAAGGAGCAGAUGCUGGAGCUGCUGGUGCUUGAGCAGUUCCUGGCCGUCCUGCCCGAGGAGAUGCAGGGCUGGGUAUGGGAACGCAGCCCCGAAACCUGCGCCGAGGCGGUGGCCUUGGCAGAGGGCUUUCAGCUGGAGCAGCCAGAGGCUGGACUAUGGGAGCAGCAGGUCAUGGUGCGUGUGAAGGUCGAGGAAGUGACCUCGGAGAAGAUGGCAUCCCCUGGGGCAUUCUGGGAAUCUCCUGGCUCCCACCUGGAGCAGCCACCAUCCCGUCCUGAGCACGUGCCCCCAGUGGAAGAGGAGGCAGGACAGGGUGAAUCCCGUGGGCCUCAGUAUGAACCGACUCGUAUCAUCAAAGAGGAACCCCAGCCCCUCCAGGAAACGGGGCCCCUACCUCAUUCAGACCCCAGGAUGGAUGGUGAUCAUGGGAUGGUUCUGGCCAGAAACCUCGUGCCAUGUGCAAGCCCCCAGCUGGAGGUGACAGAAGCCUUGAGGCCCAGCGCGGCAUCCCUAGGAAGACCCAAAGGCAAAGGCUCACGGGCCCCGCGCAGGGCAGGGCAGCAGCACGGCAGCCCAGCAGAGCAGCAGCCGGUGGAGCCACCCACUCAAACUGCUGUGGGCGAUACUGGGAAGCCUGAAGCCCAGCCCCGGCCGUUCAAGUGUGCCGAAUGCACCAAGACCUUCUGCCGCAGCUCGGACCUCGUGCGUCACCGGCGGAUCCACCGCGGAGACCGGCCGCACCACUGUGCCGAAUGCGGGAAGAGCUUUGUGCGCAACUCCCACCUGCUCAUCCACCAGGUCAUCCACCGCGGCGAGCGCCCUUUCCUCUGCGGCCAGUGCGGCAAGAGCUUCAGCCAGAGCUCCACCCUCACCCGCCACCAGCGCAUACACACGGGUGAGAAGCCCCACCGCUGCCACCAGUGCGGCAAGAGUUUUGGCCGCAACUCCAACCUGACGCGGCACCAGCGCCUGCACGCGGCCGAGCGGGUCUACCGCUGCGCUGGCUGCGGCGAGGCCUUCCGCAGUCGUGGCCUCCUUAUCUCCCACCAGCGCCGCAGCAAGAAGGAGCGGCCCGAGGCCUGCCGCAAGCGCACGGCCCCAGCCUAGCCCAUGGUGGGGUCUGCUCCAGCGUCCCCAAGGCUCCCAGUAUAGGGGCGUCCCCAGCUCUGGGCUCAAGCGGUGAUGUUGCAGGGGCAAAGGUGAUGGGAAGGUGGCAUGGUCGUCCUGGGGUGGGGGACUGUCAGACUGUACUGUGCCUACCUGCCUGUCCCAGCACCCUCGAUCCAUCCAUCCACCCACCUGCCCCUGCCAGCACACUCCCUACAGACUGCUGACACCGAGGCUCCUUCCUGGGAGUGGGGGCCAUCUCUUUCCCCUCUUGGGGGUGCUUUGUUUUUUGCCCUGCCCCUGGGAGCAUUUUGGCCCAAGGGUGAGCGGGCCAGAGUGCUGCUAGCUCCUGCAACAAGGGCUGCACGUAAUCUGCCACCCCCGCUACACCCACCACGGUCUGCCGCACCUCUAUGUAGACGAAUCAAGACUGUGAGCCACGUUGGAUGAGACUCCAGCCCAGCACGCUGGGCCACCCCUGCUAGGUGACUGGUGGGAGUGCUAGCAGUUCUCCAGGCUGGGGGGAUUUUUUAAAGACUUGCUUUUAUUAUAAGUCACCGACUAUGAUGGCUGUGCAUGUCGGGUGAUGGGGUGAGCUGACUGGGGGGGGGGUGACUUAAUUUAUUGUUGCUCUUAUUUAUAUUACUGCAGUGCCUGACAGGCCCUAGUGGGAAAUGUGGCCUCGUUGUUGCAGGCACUCAGCGGGCCAGGACAUCACGCUGGCUGCCGCAGCAGAGAGACACAGGGGCAGAAGGUCCCUGCCCUGGGGAAUUUGGCACUCUGGGGCUGCCCAGAGGAGAGACGGCCCAGCCGGAGUCUGACAGCAGGUCGGUGGGAGCGUCGGGAAUAUGACCCAGGGCUCCUGCAUGCCUACCCAGUGCCUGCCCCACUCAGUGUCUUGCCCUACACAUAGGGCGAUGUUUAGGUGGAAGUACGUGGGGGAACAGCUGGUGGGAUUGGGCAGGGCCCUUGCUCUGGGCUGGACAUGGGAGAGAUGCUGUGAAUGUGUUGAAGAAAUAAAUGCCAUAAGUGGGACUUGCAAGACCCCCCCCUCCUUGCAAACACCAGCUGUCUGGUGUCUCCAUCACUUGCCCAUACCAGUGCUGAAUAACAGCAGGGGCCAGCAGAUAACUGCAAGAGCUUUCACACAUGCACAUGCCCUCCUGUGGCCAUGGGAGACCCAGGUGAGUACAAGCCAUACCAAGGAGUGGGGGAAAGGGGGUUCCCCCACAUGUGGACGGAUUAACAAUCAUGGUCUGCAGGGUGCCAGGCGAAGUGCCCCAUCUUUC